GGCGCGAAAGUGCUUCCUGUAAGCUUCUGAAGGUUGGCUGCAGCGCCGGCUACCUGUGUAGUCCGAGUUCCCACAGCCAGGUACUACUCCACCAGUGACCCUGGACAGUAACAAAACAUAUAAAAGUCCGAGCCCAAACCCCGCCACCAUCAUAGGUUUGUAGUUACUGUGGAGUCAGUAAGCCAUGGCAUCUAAGAAAUUUGCUGUUAAAUGUGGGAAUUUUGCUGUCCUCGUGGAUCUUCAUAUCUUGCCGCAAGGUUCAAACAAAGAUACAAGCUGGUUUUCUGAACAGAAGAAAGAGGAAGUCUGUUUACUGUUAAAAGAAACCAUUGAUUCAAGAGUUCAGGAGUACUUGGAAGUUCGCAAACAGCACAGGCCAUCAAAUGCAGAAUUCACAAGAUCCAGUCCCUUGUCCUUAAAAGGUUAUGGCUUUCAAAUCACAGCCUAUUUUCUCAAGAGAGGGAUACGUCUUCGCUGCAUCAGGAGCUCACAGAAUGCUGAACUCCAUGUAUUCCCUGACAGAUUUGUGGUUUGUGUCAGUCAGCUUGCAUUCAGUCGUGAUCUUUUAGCAAAUCAGAAUGAAGAUUUGACAGAAAGAGUUCUCCAUGGAGUGUCUGAUUACUUUGCUGAGUGUGCAGAGAGUUCACUUCCUCCCAGUGCAAAGCUCCGGAGAAAUGCUCUGAAAGAAAUUGUGAAAAGAACUGAAACAAAAAGCAGCAUCACGAGCAAAUCACAGACCAGAAGAGACACUGUGGAAACAUCUAGUAACUCAGUGAUUGCAGAGAUAGCAAGGAGGAGGAAUGAUGGUCAGGCUUCCUCCAGUCCCGCAUCAGAAUCCACGGGACUAGCAAAGGAUUACAUAAAGGCAGCUGAGAGCCACUGGGGGCUUCCUGUUCAAAAGCUGGAAAAAGUUAAUCAGACCCAGCCAGAAGUCACUAGUGGCCAGCAAAAACCUCAUCCUGGGGAGCGGUUAAAGACAGGGCUUCUAAGUGGGAGCCCUGUCUGUAGCUGUGAGUCAGCAUCACCAGGUCCAAAACAAAGUCCACGAGUGGCCAAAACCCGACAGAAACGCAGGAACUGCAGCUCUGCGGAAGACUUCGACCACCGCAAGAGAGUUUCUCUUGGAAGUGAUCGAUUAGUCCCAAGAGAAAUAAUAGUGGAAAAAAGCAAAGCUGUCAGGGUUUUGCCAGCUUCAGAGUUGUCAGAUCCAGGGUUACUUUUGAAACAAAAUUUGGCAAAAACCACGUCUAAGGAAGAGUUGCAUGUUUUGGAAAGUCUCUCCUCCAGACAUCUUAUGAAAAAUAACCCAGGGCAGGCACAGCAAACCGGCUCAGCCACAAACACUGAAAGAUUAUCUACAAUUCAGAACAGCCCAACCAAGAAAAGAAAGAAAUACGAAAGAGUCCAUUAA